AUGGACGUUUUCGCCCAGUUAUGUUCGGCUCAACGGGCUUGCCAGCUCUGGCAAAGACACGCAUCCGACCGUGGGGAGCCGAAUGUAGCCGGCAAACCAAGCAACAAGCAGCCAGCAGGCCGACGUCAGUCCAAGUCCGUCCUGCGGCUCAGGUGCCCACCUGCCGCACCUGCCGGGGCUGAGAAAAUCUGGGGUUCUCUCCGGGAGCAGCUUAACUCCAUCGAUGUCUUCUCGUUACUAAGCACGCCUGUCAGUAGAGCUACUUCCCAGACCGGGUCAGCCGCCCCACCAGACGUUUUGCAGCUCAACGCCCAGCCGGCAGACGCACGAAGCAAGUCGGAUGACCUCGCGCAUCUGACCACGCCGCACGAGCUGACUGUAUACCAACAUACCGCCCUCGUCCUCCCCAAGCCUUCACGCUCCGACAACCAUGGACAAAAUUCCACUCAACUACGAAGCCUCCGAAGGCGACACUCACAAGCAAACCACCAACUCACUACCCCCAGAAGUAGUGCAAUGCCUGGAAAAUGCUCGUUUCAUAACGUGCCUCACGUCUCGCUCAUGAACUACACAUACCUCCCCUCGUCGCCGUACUCCUCUGUGCCCGUCAUCAUCAUGACCACCAACCCAGCCUCACGCAAGACGACCAACAUCAUCACCAACCCCAGCGUCUCUCUCCUCGUCCACGACUGGGUUUCCCACCGGCCACCUACCCAGGGCCGCCGCAUGUCUGGCGGUUCUCCAGGCCCCGAACACCGCUCCAGCCUCGCCUCCCUUCUCCUCAACCUCAACUCCUCGGCCAUGUCCAGCAUCAGUGCUACCAUAGGAGGAGCCGCCCGCCUGGCCCCGUCCGGCUCAGACGAGGAGAAGUACUUUACGGAGCAGCAUCUCGCCAACAAUACCUUCGAGGAAGGUGAGACCAUUUUCCGGCAGGACAGCAACACGGGUGCCGAUGGACGUGGAAGUCACUUUGUGGCCGGAGAGGAGGUACGGGUCAUCAUUGUUGACAUCAAGGACGUCAGAAUCAGUGACUGGAAGGGCACGGUCCGGGACUGGGCUUUGGUAUCAGAUGCGUCUUUGAUCAACGGGGCCUAA